GACUGCAUAAAAAGAGAAAAAAAUCAAAAAAGGAAGCCACCGAAAGUAGACCGUAGAGUGUGCUAAUGUGCCAGCUUAAAACACGCCCUAUAACGCACGGUGUACACAAGUUCCUUAACUUCAAAAAUCUUCUUCCUUUUGGGAAAACUAAUCAAGAACACUCUCUCUUGUCACCAUCUCCGUCUUCUUUCCUCAUCACAACAAAAACCAAUCAACAUGGCCGCUGCAUCAUCUGCUCGUCAUGCCAUGGCUAGAUUGCCUCGUUUGACUCGUUCGUUACACAGUACAGCAUCGGCUCCAUCUUCGUCUGUUCUGUUACCACGUUCAAAUGCAGGAUUGGCAACAAAGAACCCAAUCCGGGCAACUGCUAUGGAAGCUGCACGUUUGACAGCCAUCUCAUCCUCUUCUUCUAGAAACGCAUCAACAGACGGAAAACCACAAGAGAUGACCGUUCGUGAUGCAUUAAACAGUGCAAUGGAAGAAGAAAUGUUGAGGGAUGAUAAAGUUUUCCUUUUGGGUGAAGAAGUUGCACGUUAUAAUGGUGCAUACAAAAUCACACGUGGUCUCUUGGACAAAUUCGGAGAACGUCGUGUGAUCGAUACUCCAAUCACAGAAUCAGGUUUCACAGGUUUGGCCGUUGGUGCUGCUUUGGCAGGUUUAAAGCCAAUUUGUGAAUUCAUGACUUUCAACUUUGCCAUGCAAGCAAUCGAUCAAAUUAUCAACUCAGGUGGUAAGACUCAUUACAUGUCCGGUGGUAAUGUUCCUUGCCCUGUCGUCUUCCGUGGUCCAAACGGUGCUGCUGCCGGUGUUGGUGCUCAACAUUCGCAAGAUUACUCUGCUUGGUACGGUCAAAUUCCCGGUUUAAAGGUUAUUAGCCCUUGGAGUGCAGAAGAUUGCCGUGGUUUACUCAAGGCUGCCAUUCGUGAUCCUAACCCAGUCGUCUUUUUGGAAAAUGAAAUCUUGUACGGUCAAUCAUUCCCAGUCUCACAAGAAGUCCUAUCGGAGGAUUUCACUCUGGAAAUCGGAAAAGCAAAGAUUGAACGUCCAGGUAAAGAUCUCACAAUCGUUUCUCACACUCUCGGAUUGAAUCACUCAAUGGCCGCUGCUGAACAAUUGAAAAAGGAUGAAGGUGUUGAGGUGGAAGUGAUUAACUUGCGUUCGAUUCGUCCUUUGGAUAUCAAGACGAUCAUCGAAAGUGUCAAAAAGACAAACAGAUUGGUCACAGUUGAAGGUGGUUUCCCAGCAUUCGGUGUUGGAUCAGAAAUUUGCGCACAAAUUAUGGAAAGUGAUGCAUUUGAUCAUCUUGAUGCACCCGUCGAACGUGUCACAGGUGCUGAUGUCCCUACACCUUAUGCAAAGAACUUGGAAGAUUUAUCCUUCCCUGAUGCGGCCAUCAUCACAAAGGUUGCCAAACGUGCUCUAUACCGAUCAUAAAAGGCAUGCACUAGCUGUCUCUUGCACUCAUACUAUACUCAGUCUAUUCAAAUGUAACAUGAUUCCUACUUUCGCUCACAUUA